CCCCCCCCCCCUUCUCAUUAUUUCCGUGGUAUUUAAUUGAUGCGAUUUUCUUUUUGGGAUGAUUUUGGCAAUUGGGUUUUAUGCAUUAACGCGGUUUCAUUUAUUUGAAGUUGGGUACAGCACAUGCCAUUGGUGUCAUGUAAUGGAGGUGGAAUCUUUUGAGAAUGAAGAAGUUGCCAAAUUGCUCAAUGAUUGGUUUGUUAGUAUCAAGGUCGAUCGAGAAGAAAGACCAGAUGUGGACAAGGUAUACAUGACUUAUGUGCAAGCUUUAUAUGGUGGUGGUGGUUGGCCACUUAGUGUCUUCCUUUCACCUGAUCUAAAGCCCUUGAUGGGUGGGACAUACUUCCCUCCAGAUGAUAAAUAUGGAAGGCCUGGAUUUAAAACCAUACUAUGGAAGGUGAAAGAAGCGUGGGAGAGUAAGAGGGAUGUACUUGUCCAAAGUGGGUCUUUUGCUAUAGAACAAUUAUCUGAAGCAUUAUCUACUGCUGCGAGAUUAGACAAGCUACCAGAUGGGGUUCCGCAAAUGGCAUUGAAGCUAUGUGCUGAACAGCUUGCUGAUAGUUACGAUUCUAAAUAUGGUGGGUUUGGUUCUGCUCCAAAAUUCCCUCGGCCGGUUGAGGCCCAGCUGAUGCUUUAUCAUUCAAAGAAAUUGGAGGAGACAGGGAGAUCAGAAGGAGCUAAGGAAGACUUAAGCAUGGUGAUCACUACCUUAGAGUGCAUGGCCAGGGGUGGUAUUCAUGAUCACGUUGGGGGUGGUUUCCACAGAUACAGUGUGGAUGAAUGUUGGCAUGUACCACAUUUUGAGAAGAUGCUGUAUGACCAAGGGCAACUUGCUAAUGUCUAUCUGGAUGUUUUUUCCAUCACAAAAGAUGUGUUUUAUUCUACCAUGGCUCGGGAUAUCCUCGAUUAUUUGAGGAGAGAUAUGAUUGGUCCUAAUGGUGAAAUAUUUUCGGCGGAAGAUGCUGAUAGUGCAGAAUCUGAAGAUGUUACAAGGAAAAAGGAGGGUGCUUUCUAUGUUUGGACAAGUCAUGAGGUUGAUCAUGCCCUUGGAGAACAUGCUGAUCUCUUUAAAGAGCACUACUACGUUAAAUCAUCUGGUAACUGUGAUCUUUCAAGUAUGAGUGAUCCGCACAAUGAAUUCAAGGGUAAGAAUGUGCUUAUAGAGAGAAAUAGUAUUUCUGCAAUGGCAUCAAAAUAUGGUAUGCCUGUUCAGAAGUAUCUAGAGAUUUUGGGGAUUUGUCUACAAAAGCUAUUUGACAUAAGAUCUAAACGCCUGAGGCCGCAUUUGGAUGAUAAGGUCAUCGUGUCAUGGAAUGGACUUGCAAUUUCCUCAUUUGCAAGAGCUUCUAAAAUUCUGAAGGGUGAACCUGUAGGAACAACAUUCUAUUUUCCUGUUACUGGCACUAACUCUGAGGAGUACAGGGAAGUUGCAGAAAAGGCAGCAUCUUUUAUUAGGAAAAAUCUUUACAAUCAGCAAACUUGCAGGCUGCAGCACAGUUUCAGGAAUGGCCCUUCUAAAGCACCUGGUUUUUUGGACGAUUAUGCAUUUCUGAUAUCGGGACUACUGGAUCUUUAUGAGGUUGGCGGUUCAGUAUUUUGGCUAGCAUGGGCAAUUGAACUACAACGCAUGCAGGAUGAACUCUUUCUUGAUAAAGAGGGAGGAGGUUACUUCAACACUCCAGGGGAAGAUCCUUCUGUUCUCCUCCGUGUGAAAGAAGAUCAUGAUGGUGCGGAGCCCUCUGGAAACUCUGUUUCAGUUAUCAACCUUGUAAGGUUAGCUUCCCUGGUCAGCAGCACUAAGUCUGAUAACUACAGGCAGAAUGCAGAACGCCUUCUGGCUGUUUUUGAGAAGAGAUUGAAAGAUACAGCAAUGGCUGUGCCAUUGAUGUGUUGUGCUGCAGAUAUGCUCGCCGUGCCUUCCCAUAAGCAAGUAGUCCUGGUUGGAUGUAAGCCUUCCGUAGAAUUCGACAGCAUGUUAGCCGCUGCACAUGCAUCGUACAAUCCAAAUCGAACAGUGAUCCACAUAAAUCCUAAUGAUGAUGAAGAGAGGGCAUUUUGGGAGGAGACUAAUGAAAACAUUGCUCUGAUGGCUAAAAACAAUUUUGCGGCUGGUAAGGUUGUGGCUCUUGUGUGCCAAAACUUCACUUGUAGUCCUGUGGUCGACAAUCCCAGGUCCCUGGAAUCUCUCCUCUCGAAGUGAAGGAAGAAUCAGUGAAAUGACAAUCUAUAAAAAUUAUCCGACAGGUUCUAGAAGGAAUUUCGCCCCGGGGGAGGGGGGGGGGGUGCACUUCGAUAGAAUAGAAGAUAAUGAAUGGAAUGAUUUUGAAUAUCGAUUUAUUAGUAAAAAACCUUCUCCAACUUUUGAAUUGUCCAAACAAGAACUUUAUGUAAGAGACGAAGCAUCAAAAGGAUAAUUGAAGGAAAACCACGAAGUUAUUUGACUGUUA